UCCAGCCCCCAGUUUGCCUGGCUACAGGUGCCUCCCGGUCUCAGCAUGGCACUGCCCUGGGCCCUUGCUGUUCUGAGCCUUCUUCCUGUGCUGGAUGCCCAGAGCCCAGCGUGUCCCAAUGUGACGGCGCCACCCAUCACCAAUGCCACCCUGGACCGGAUCUCUGGCAGGUGGUAUUAUAUCGGCUCAGCCUUCCGAAACCCUGAGUACAACGUGUCGGCUAGAUCGAUCCAGGCGGCUUUCUUUUACUUUUCUCCUAAUUACGUGGAAGACAAGAUCAUCCUCAGAGAAUACAUGACUAUUGGGAACCAGUGCAUCUAUAACACCAGCAUCCUGACGGUCUAUCGGGAGAAUGGGACCAUAUCUAAGCAUGAGUGGGGAAGAGAACACUUUGCUGACCUGCUGUUCACCAAGGACCCCAAGACCUUCAUGCUUGCCAAUGCCAGGACAGACGAGCAGAACAAGGGGCUGUCCUUCUACGCGGACAAGCCGGAGCUGACCCAGGAGCAGAUGAAAGAGUUCCAUGAGGGCAUCUCGUGCCUGGGCAUUGACAAGUCCGAAAUCACGUACACCGAUGAGCAAAAGAAUCUGUGCGGGCCACUGGAGAAGCAGCACGAGGAGGAAAGGAAGAAGGAAAACGAGGGCUCCUAAGAGGACACAGUGCUGGGUUAGGACCUUGGGGGACUUUGGGGGCCCAUCCUCAGCCCCUCGCCCACACUUUGUACCUCAGUUCUUUCCCUCAGUUGCAUCAAUAAAACUUCUGUAUUUUGUACAGGCA